UCCGCUUCCAGUAAAGAUCAAGGAGCCGAGAGACCUAAUACACUCUUAGCAACGAGCCCACUUCCAGUAAAGACCGAGAGACCUAAUACACUCCCCCGGUGCCAAGAUACCGAAAUACCCAGUACUUUCUUACUAGCAAACCCUAACUCUUUGACUGUUAUAAGGAAGACCUUAUACAGGUGUAAUUCAAAGAGUUUAAAAAAGACGUGCCCUUCGGAUUUAUUAGGAAUCACAGCACUUAGCAAUGCCGAGAUCAUCGAUGCCUGCGCGAGUCCGCUUCCAGUAAAGACCAAGAGACCGAGAGACCGAGAGACCUCUUA